CAGGCGGGCAGGGAGACGAAGCCGAAAAAUCGCCUGCACGACAUCGACCACGAAGCUUCCACGAAGCUGCCCGUCCCCGCCCGCACCGCACGCCUUUUUAUCACCCACCUCCCGCCUCCCCGUCCUCUCCAUCCCUCCUCCUGUCCUCCACCCAAGCCAAAGCCCCUCGGAUCGGAUCCGGUCUCCUCCGUGUCCCAUUCGCCACGCAGCGGCGCCACAGGAGACGGAGACGGAGAUGAAGCUGUCCAUCCAGUCGCUCGCCAGGAAGCUGUCCCUGCCGUCCCCGAAGCGGGGCGGCGGCGGCAUCGUCGAGGACGGGAAGAAGAAGAAGAAGCGCUCGCUGUCGCGCGGCGAGGCGCCGUCGUUCGCGUCCUCUUCUUCCUCCUCCUCCUCCUCCUCCGCCACCACGACGCCGCGGUCCGUGCUGGCGGCGGCGCCGGCGCCGGCGCUGGAGAUCCCGCGGCGGGAGCUGGAGGCCGUGCUGCGGCGCCUGGGCCACGCGGAGCCGUCCGACGCCGAGCUCGACGCCGUGGCCGCGCUCGCCGCGCAGCCCCCGCCGUGCGACGCCGACGCCGACGCCGACGGCGACCUCAUGGAGGCGUUCCGCGUGUUCGACGCGGACGGCGACGGCCGCAUCACCGCCGAGGAGCUCCGCGCCGUCCUGGACGCCGUCCUCGGCGGCGGGUGCAGCCUCGACGACUGCCGCCGCAUGAUCGGCGGCGUCGACGCUGACGGCGACGGCUUCGUCGGCUUCCAGGACUUCGCGCGCAUGAUGAUGGCCAGCGCCGGCACGGCCGACGCACGGGCCUUCUAGUUUAGUGAUCCGCCAAGCAUCGCCGCCAUAGCCCUGAUGCGCGCCGGGGAAGGGAUCAUUUAAAAUCUACU